UAAUGAACGGUUCGAGGAACUCUGUAUAGAUUGCGAGAGAUUAUUAAAACCGAGUAAUUAUUAUCAUUGAUUAUUAGGAUCGAGUAUCGGUGAAACGUUUUAAAAAAUAUGGGCGUGAAAUGGGCAUAGAUUUAACAUGCAAGCAAAAAAAUCACAAUAAAACGGAUUUACAUAAAUAUUUGUAUGUUGAGAUUUAUAUAAGCACCAUCGUUUUUUAUGAUAUACACAUAAUGAAUCGUCAAUAUAACAUAUGUACCAUGACCUCGUAAUACAUUAUGAAAAGAAUAAUAUUUAAUUUAACGUUGAUGCAAUCAUCGUUACAUAAUUGCGGUAAAACAAGGAUGAAAAUUACGUGUCAACCGGCGCGACAGACUAAAUUAUGUUGAUUGCCGAUAUGAGCGUGUCAAGAAACGGAGGAAAAGUGUCGGGUGUGUCGGUUACAUCAUCACGUUGCAACGCGUAACCGGAGACGGAUAGGAAGAUGUGUUGACUGCGCUUUGAGACGUAUGCGAAUUCCCAACGCAUUGUGAUAAAUUGAUAAGCAAAUUAAUUUUAUACUUAUAUUUGUAUUAUACGGGGGUAGGUGGUCAGUUAAUAAAAUGCGUACUGUUUAUUGAAAAUAGAGAAUUGUCGAGCGAAGGUCUAUUCAAACAAAACAAAACAAAAAGCUCUGAAAACAUCAAAAUGAUCCCAAAACGAUUAUUGCAUCACUUUUCGAUCAAUCGUGAUCAAUUUUAAUGUCAUUUUGACAUUAUCGUUACUUGUGGAUUUUGCAUGAAUAUGUGCGUAAAUAGUAGUUCUGAAUCUAAACAAGAUACAACAAGAUCGAAAUGCUGAUAUCCGGACUGUACAAGAUCAGUACCUUUGAUAGAACUCUACUGUGGUGUUCGAGGUGUUCGCGAAUACAAAGAUGUGCGUAUAUUGGAGCUACCGGUAGUCAUCGGUCACUCGCGACAAGGUAUAUCUCACUUUUGACGCCGGCCGCAGCCGUGCCGCUCGAGAGCUCCUCGCGAUCGUUAGUCCGCGAACGAAUGCUCACGAGAUCACUGUCCUGUUAUUUCUUCUCGGUUUACAUUUCGAGAGUUGCCUCGUUUCCGCUGAAAGAUACUUCCAUUUGCUCCAUUCACGUACAUCAUUGUAUUGGAACGUUAAACGAUUUCGUUGCAGCCAACAGAACGGAGCUGCCAUCACAGCGAUUACUCCACAUGUGGACAUCGCCGUCGCGACUUAGGAUCGGCCGGGCACCUAGGAAAAAGACACAGCCUUAAGCUGCACCAUCAGCUGCCGCGGCCGGUGAA